AGUCGAUUUUUAGCGGCAAAACGGAUCGGUCGCGAUUUAAAAAAAAAGUCUACAUUAUUUUCUGCUUUCGUAGCGGAUAGUAAUUGUACGAGUUUUCUGGGCUAUAGAAGUACCGAAUAGUGCCCUGGGCGACUUAGUUUAGUACUCUCACACGAUGAGAUUUACUAGGAAUUCGACGCACGGUGCAGAUAGUACUUCGAUUAUUGCCACAGUACCUACCGCUGUUAUCAUUUCUACUGCUUUGAAUGAGUUUAGGAAAGCGUUUGUUUAUUUUAGUUAUAAAUGGUUCCAUGGGCAUUUGUCGGGUAGAGACGCGGAAAAAUUGAUUUUGGAUAGAGGCAAGAAUGGUAGUUUUCUUGUGAGGGAAAGUCAAUCGAAACCCGGCGAUUUUGUUUUGUCGGUUCGAACUGAUGAUAAAGUUACUCACGUUAUGAUUAGGUGUACACAGGAUAAUAAAUAUGACGUAGGCGGCGGCGAACAGUUUAACACUUUGGCUGAAUUGAUUGAGCAUUACAAGAAAAAUCCAAUGGUCGAAACUUCUGGCACGGUUGUACAUUUGAAACAACCGUUCAACGCUACCAGAAUUAAUGCUUCUGGUAUACAUUCUCGAGUUAAACAAUUACAGUCUGAACAUGGACCAAACAGUUUUGGCAAGGCAGGUUUCUGGGAAGAAUUCGAAUCGUUGCAGCAGCAAGAAUUCAAACAUCUUUAUUCGAGAAAAGAGGGCAGCAAGCCAGAGAAUAGGAAUAAGAAUAGAUAUAAAAAUAUAUUACCAUUCGACGAUACAAGAGUAAAAUUGAAAAACGUCGACGCCUCCGUAUUAGGGGCAGAUUACAUAAACGCAAACUACGUCAAAUGGAAAACGGACGAUUCAGUGGGAGGAGAAAUGGGUAGCGAUCCGAGCGGUAAAGUCUAUAUUGCCACUCAGGGUUGUCUCCCGUCUACUGUAGCCGAUUUCUGGCAGAUGGUCUGGCAGGAAAAUUGCAGGGUAAUCGUGAUGACCACCAAGGAAACUGAACGAUUGAAAAAUAAAUGUGCAAGGUAUUGGCCUGAUCAAAAUUCUUCAAAAGAUUAUGGCGAUAUAGUAGUUAAAAAUUUAUUGGAAUCUUCCACGCCACACUAUACGCUUCGAGAGUUUUUAGUCUGCAUGCAAGGCACUAGUAUAGAAAGGAAAGUUUACCAUUAUCACUUUACUGCCUGGCCGGAUCACGGAGUACCAUCAGAUCCUGGCUGCGUCCUAAACUUUUUGGAAGAAGUCAACAAACGACAAGGAGAGUUAACUAAAGAAUUACCUGAUAAUCAACCUCCUGGUGCCAUUUUGGUACAUUGUUCAGCAGGUAUUGGUAGGACAGGUACAUUCAUAGUGAUCGAUAUGAUAGUGGACCAAUUGAAAAAGUACGGCCUGGAUUGUGAAAUCGACAUACAACGCACAAUACAAAUGGUUAGAUCUCAACGUUCCGGAAUGGUCCAAACUGAGGCCCAGUAUAAGUUUGUCUAUUUAGCUGUGGAACACUAUAUUGAAACCACAUUGGAACGAUUAAAGGCCGAAAAAAAAUCAAUACAAUCUGGCAGAGAGUACACCAACAUUCGGUACAGCAGCGAUAUGGGCAAUCUAGGCAGCACAUUAUCCAGUAGUUUGAACAGUAUGGGAUCUUUGAGCCGGCCUGCCAGUACCACGCAUUUUCCUCAGUCGCCCAGUCCUGUCGUGCUGCGUCCGGAAGCUAAAAAACCCCAAAGAGUCGUCUCGGACAUACCGUUGCCCAGACCUCCAGAUGAAAUGGUAAAACCGAUGCUCUACGAAAACAUUCCAGGAAAUUCUGGCAUACAUUCGUGUACGGCUCCGCCGCCUCCACCAAGAAAAACAUGACGUCAAAGUUUCUUCUAGUUCACACUUUGUACCUCUUUUCGUGGCGUUUAUAAACAAUAUAUUUCGGCACCCCAGACUGUUGUGCUGUUCAAGCUGCAUUGUGAUAGAUUAUAGACAGCCUAGUUAUAUUAACUUGUUCUAAAAUGGUGCUGCAAGUUUAGAUGUAAAAAAAGUUCUAAUGGUGUUGUGUAUUGCCAUUUAAAUAUUUCGCUUGAAGAGUGUAAAUGUAAUAGCUUGAAAAUUGAGACUGAUUUAAAAAAACCGCAUAAUAUAUUGAAUUAGUAUGUUUAAGCUUGUGUCAUUAUUUCAUUUCUAGCUAGUCCCACACUUCUGCUUCAUUAUUAAUUAUUGACAAUAAUUAUUUUGUUGCGUAAUGCUGCAUUGUCAAACGAAAAACAAAAAUCCGAAUUUUAAAUUUGUGAGCCAAAAUUAAUAAAAUUAAAGAUUUUUAUCAUUGUUGGUGUGUUAGAAAAAUUUAAUAUUUAUGAAGUCAACAACAGCACCUAAUGUUUCUCUAGAAAUAUUAAAAAUAUGAAAGUUUGAAACAAUAAUAAUAUAUUUAUUAAAAAAAGACAACUAAUAUUUUAGGUACUAAUGUAUUUUGGACGAGUUAUUGUUGAAAUGUAUAAAACAAGUGAUAAUUUUUCGUGAUUUUAAUUUUCUAGUAUUUUCAUUCAAAUUCUUUGUUUUUUUACAUUAUUUAGGUACUUUCUACAAUCAUUUGUAUUAUUGAAUCUCGAUUCUUCAAUUUAGGAUGGAAUAAAAACUCUGGAUUUCUCGCAAUGUCAACGUUUUGUGUUUAAUUAAACACUUCUUCAGGACUACAAAAAACAAAGCAAAAAACAAAUAACAUAUUGUGAACUUAUCACACUGACAACAAAUUAGAAGUUCGUUUCUACUAGAGUUUUUAUUCCGUCCUAAACAGAAGAAUCGAGAUUCAAUAACAAUUUUUGAGGACACGAAUUACUAUCUAAGAAAUUGUUUGUAUUAUUAUGGAAUGAUAAAAUUGCAGUUACAUUUUAUAGGAAUUAAGCCUCUAUGUUGAAUAAAAGAUAUAAAAUAAAAUAUUGAGUUUUAUUUCGCCCAAGUAUUAUUUAAUAGCUUCUUUCGAUUAGAAUUUUCAAAAAUUUUGAAAAAUAUCUUCAAUUCUCAACUUGGGGUGAAUUUUUCGUCUUUAGUGAAUCACGUUCAAAGUACCUACCCAGUGAAAGGAAAGUUUCUGGAAAUUUUCUGGGAAUGGGAAUAUUUGAAUGUUUCAAUCAUAGGUUCUUAUCUUUGAUUCAAUAAAAUCAGGCAGUGGCGCGAUGUGCAUAAGCGAUACUUAGAAGCCCGGGCAUGAAGGGGGCUGGAAAGGCCCCCUUCAAGUACAAAUAUAUAUGUUUUUUUUUGUAAUGCUUUAAAAUAAAAUUGAAAAAUACCUAUAAUGACCGAUAUCGAUCGAUUGAAUGAGGAAAAUUCAAGAGCUUGGAAUAGAAAAAAAUAUUCAAGAAUUUGAAUGAAAUAAGGGUAAAUAGGUAUUUCCUCUUUAAUUUCAAAUUUUUUUUUCUUUCAACUUUUAGGAGUAUUAGGCUCUUGAAUUUUUAUCUGCUUCAACAAAAGCAUACCUACCUACAGAAAAUUUAACCUGGAAUAAAAGUAAGCAGAUUAAAAACUAAACAAUUAAUUUUGAAGACUAUAGUAUGUUGUUGUUCAUUAUUUUAUUAAAAAACUCAACAAAACACAAAAAUAACCAAAAACUCCUAUCAUUUUUUACCCUCCACCAUGAUAAUAUGAUAGCCAAACUUUGUCUUCACAGGUGGAUCAGUAUAAAUUGGACUGUUAACUGUAGAUAUGGGUAAAGCGAAGGCAGCAUCCUGGAAAGGCCCCACCAUAGAACCGCGCGUCAUCCAUCCCAAAUCACCUCCGGAUCUCGCCUUGUCUUCGCUGUAAGUGGCAGCAACUUCUGGAAACUUUUGUCCGGCUUUCAGCUUUUCCAACGCUUCCAGGCAUUUGCUUUGUUUUUCGCACAAGAUGUGUCUCACUUUUACCGCUGUGCCACCUUUUUUCUCUUUAC